AUGGAUGGGGAGUUAGCAGAGCCGAAGACAGAACAUACUGUCACGUCUGGGGUUACGGAGGCAGUUGGGGGUGAAGAAAUGCCUCAAGAAAAAACAGCUGCUGAAACCCCUGAGGCUUCAGCCGCCGAAAAUGUGGGAGAGGGAGAGAGCCAAAAACUAUCUGAGGACUCUCCUGGGGAUGCAGCCAUAACAGCUGAGAAAGAAGUAGUAGCAGGUCCAGAAUCUUGUGAGACUUCUCUGGACUGCGCUGAGGAAGAUCCAACCAACGCUGUGACGGAGAACACUACAGAUGACAAUGUCGAACAGCAGACAGCUGGGACAGAGUGCAGCGGUCUCGUGGAAGGGGAAGAGAGCACAGCGUCUAAUGUUCCAAACAGUGAGGCUUUUGAUGGUGGGCAGACUCCAGAAAUCAGUGUUCUCCUUGAAGAAGCCCUCCUUAAUGAAGCGAGUGUCGGAGCUCAGGGGGAAUCACAAGUGGAAAACGAAGGUGACCUAAACCUUGACCCAGGCCAUCCAGAGGAGGCAGGGAAGCUUAGCCCAAGCACGGAAGUCCCAGACCUGCCUGGGAAAUUUGAGGAGAGGGUUGAAAUUGAAGAGGAAGAGACAGGCCCUGACAUAGACUAUGAGGAACUUUUUAUUGAACUCAAAGUGGAGAGGGAAGAGCUCAAUAAGAUCAAUCUCCAACUGGAGGCCAAACUGGCCGACUACUUUCGCCGGAAAGCGAUCGAGGCCUUGUACGACGGCAUCCAAGGGAUCUCUGACUUUGACCAGGACUACAAGGAGCACAUCGAAACCUUCAGGGCGAUGAAGUUGAAGAAAUGCAGUGACAUGGAGAUCCAAAAGCAGAAGGCAGAGGAGCUACUCCAGGUGAUCCAGAAGAAACAGGAUCAGGUGGAAGAGGAGUGGAAAGCCUUUGUGACGCUGAAGCGUGAGGUCGCCGAGGCAACCCUGACCCAGAAGAUGGGGAGACAAGAAGCCCGAGAGAAGGUGGCACGGCUGCUGGAGUCCGAGCAGAAGCUCCAGGAGGAGCUGUCCGCCGUGCGACAGGAGGGGCUCUCUCUCACAAAACAGACCCACAAGGCCCAGACGCUACAAUUCAUCGACGGCGAGCCACUGAAGAUUGAGAUUCAAGCGUACAAAGAGAAAAUCGAGGAACGUAAAGGAGAACUCCAAAAACUACAGAAGAAGAUUACAAACACAGUGCAGGUUAUGACCCAUGUGAAAGAGAAGCUGCAGUUUUUGCGACUGGAGAACCAGGCCAAACGAAGCGAACUGGCUGAAGUGGAGGCUGUCCUGGCUAAGAAGCGUGACGUGUUGACGCGGACCAAACACGCAAGGGACUGCCUGCGCACGGACAACCUGCGUCUGCGCAGGCACUGCGGCCUCCUGGGAAACUUGUCCCUGCUGAGGGACUAUGAGAAGAAGAUCGACUCCUCAGAGAGACUGGAAGAGAAGCUGGAGGCGCUGAAGAGACAACACGCCGUGCAACUGCUCAGGACCUCCAGCAUGAAGAGAAACAUGAAUCAGGAGAUUCACUGA